GAAAUAGAAUUCCCGGCUAUCGGCUCAUUGCACUAGUCUUACUUCAAUACGCCAAUAUUAUUAAUUUCCGUGAACGGUCUCUCCAUCCUCCGGCAGACGGCUGUGGAUUAUGAACAAGAGCGUCUCGAAUCAAGACUAUCAGCAAGGAAACACGUACGCAAAAUAGAAAGCGAAGCUUUACAUGGCCGCCCUCUAGAGAUGAAAUUUAACCAUGUAAAAAACACAUCCGACGAUACUUUUCCCGAACUCCUAAAAUCCCCAUGGCCUGAUUUCAGUGUAACUGUAAGUGAAAUUGUCUCUGGGAUUCCUCUCUUGAAAGUAUCCUCAUGUACCAGCUCCCUGCAGUUCUAUCCUGGACUCUCUAAAAGAGGUUUUAUCAUCAAAGCCUUUGUAUGCACCAGAAAGAAACCCACACCUUCCCUCAUCACCAGAUCCGAUCAGAGUGCGGCAAUGUACCCUGGACUAGAACAGCGAUGAGACGUCCAAUUUUGGCCGGUGAUUUUGAUCAGCGAGGGCCGUACGUGGACAGUAUGGAACGACCGAAUUACAACCAGAGUUCUAUUGAGUAUCAAGAAAUGCAACAACACGCUAGCAAUGUGGAAUCUAACAAUGCAGGUCAAGCCAAUGCAACACACAGACGCAGGCCAAAUGCGAGCCCAAAAGGACAACUUAAGAACAGGUCCCCGUCUCGAUUGGUCCUUCUCUGUCAGCUGAUCUACAGCUUAGUGUCUUAUAUCAUUGCAACAUUCUGGGGGUUAUGUACACCGUGGAUACUGGUACUUGUGUUGUGCUACUGUAUGUACGACUCAACACUGGUAUUGCUGUUGGUGCUAGCUGCUUUGCUUGGACUUGCCUACAAUGUACAGGAUGACCUUCUGUAUUUUCCUGACGAGCCGAUAACAUCUCGUUACUACGUUGCCUCGGCUGCUUCAACUGGCCUACCUCAUGAGAACCUCUACAUUCAGACCUCAGAUAGAAUCAAAAUCCAUGCUGUACUCUUCAAGCAAAAGGAACCACUGUUCAGCAGAGCACCGACGGUUUUAUUCUUUCACGGAAAUGCUGGGAAUAUUGCGCAUCGGUUUUUCAAUGCGCAUGGGUUGUAUCACAUGACCGGGUGUAAUAUUCUAUUUUUAGAAUACAGAGGAUACGGAAGGAGUGAGGGACGCGUUAGUGAAGCAGGUCUCUACCUCGAUGCACAAGCAGGUCUCGACUAUCUUCACAAACGAGGCGACAUCGACAAGCGACGCAUUGUUGUCUUCGGUCGGUCACUAGGGGGCGCUGUAGCCAUUCAUGUAGCAUCUCAAUCCUGCAAUAAGGGACGGAUAGCUGGUGUGAUUGUAGAGAAUACGUUUACGAGUAUUCCUGAUAUGGGAUCUGUGCUCUUCAAGAUGGAGUUUUUAAGAUGGAUUCCUCUAUUUAUUGUUAAAAAUAAAUAUUUUUCUAUCAACAAGACAAAGCAUAUACGCUCAUCAUCUCUCUUCAUCUCAGGCAUUGAUGAUGAGUUAGUACCAGCAAGAAUGAUGAGUGAUUUAUUCCGCAAAUGCGGCACAAGACACAAGCAGCUGAUUCGGUUUGAGGGCGGUACACACAACGAGACGUGGCGUUGCAAUGGCUACUUCACUGUCAUCCGAGAAUUCCUCACAAAGGUAACAUAUCGAGAAACGGAUCCUAUCACAGUCUUACCUUCUGGUGCUCAUUGUGUUCAGGACAUCAAUGCAACCUCCUCAAGACAUCCUGUAGAAACAGUAUGAUAAAAUUGUCUCUUCAAGUUUAGAGGGACAACAUUAAUUUACAUAAUUACAUGCUUGACACUUGUUAAUCUCUUUAGUAAAAUUUAACCUCUUAAAGGCUCUGGACACUAUUGGUAAUUACUCAAAAUAACCGUUAGCAUAAAAACUUACUUGGUAACAAGCAAUGUCGAGUUGUUGAUAAUGCAGUGUAUACAAAUUUUUAGAAACGGAUCCCUCUGAAGUAACAUAGUUUUAAAAAAAAGGUAAUUUCUCACUCAAUAAUAAAAGACUUCA